AUGUCACCAUAUGAUGAGCUCGCAUCAAAACGAGCCAAUGAAUGUUGUAUAAUAAUUAUCGUUUUCAAAGAUAAUUCUACCUUAAUCGAACAUCGUGCCGACAGUCAUUUAUGUAGAAAAGGCAAUGAUAAUGAUGCAAUGAAGUUGUAUGAAAGUAUUGUUGAUCACAUUAUUUCAUCUGAAGGAGAACAAUCAGUCAUUAGUCAUUUUUAUGUGUUGAGAGGAUGUAAUAGUAAACUCAAACAAAAGUUUCAAAAAUCGUUGAUUCGAGUAACAGAAACAUUAAUCAAAGACAAUUCCAUUUCAGAAUUACGAGGAGGUGCUUUAAUGUUGAAUUUUAUUAAAUCGAUACGCAGAAUUAAUGUAAUAUGGAAUAUUACAGAAGAUAAUUCAUUUAUUGAUGCUGGUAUUAUUUAUCGACCUGAUGUUGGUUUUUGUCUUGUAAUUAAACAUGGAUUUAAUAUUAUGAUAGGUAAACGUGAUGAUGAAAAAAUUCCAAUUUACUGUGGUACACUAGUAUAUGUACUUGAAUCAAAUGAGAAAACUUUUCAAGAUAGUAUUUUCUAUGUAACAACAAAUCAGUGA